ACUGUUGCUGUUCAGUGCUGUGUUUGCACAGAGCCAUUUAUUCAGCUAGUUCAUUAACCUGGAGGACAUUAGAGUUCUGCAGAGGUGAUUAGGACAUUUGUUGUGAGAUGAACUGAAGUUUGCGGCGUUCUGGAAUAAUGAACAGAGUGUCUUUGGCAUUCGUCACCCUGCUUCCAUUAGCAUUUGGCUCACAGCUGACAGGACUAUUUGGAAGCUUCACCUCACCAAACUUCCCAAAUGUCUAUCCUAACAACCAGCGUAUGGUGUGGAAUAUCACAGGACCAGAGGGACACAGAUUACGCCUCUACUUCACAUAUUUUAACCUGGAGCCUUCUCAUCGCUGCGAAUAUGACUACGUUCAGGUGUUCUCAGAAGGAAAUGACACAGUCCGGUUCUGUGGUGAGGCAGAGAAAAAUUACGGUGAUGCGCCCAAAAACACCAUCAUCUAUUCUGCCACCAACACCAUGUCCGUGCUCUUCAGAUCAGAUUACUCCAACGAGGACCGAUUCACAGGCUUCCAGGCAUUUUUUUCCGCCGAAGACAUUGAUGAGUGCCUGAGCACUGUGGAUGGAGAGCCUGUGUGUGACCAUAAUUGCCAUAAUUAUGUGGGGGGCUUUUACUGCACUUGCAGAUUGGGAUACCAACUCCACGAUGAUAAAAGACACUGCCCUGCUGAGUGUAGUGGGCAGGUGUUUCAGGAGAGGUCAGGAGAACUGAGCAGUCCAGAGUACCCAGGUGUUUACCCCAAGAUGAGCCAGUGUGAUUACACUAUCAGUUUGAUGGAAGGCUUCCAAGUGACUCUCGACUUCCAGGACGUAUUUGAUGUGGAGGCUCAUCCUGAAAUCCACUGCCCUUAUGACAUCCUCAAGAUCACUGCAGGUGGAAGGGAGUACGGCCCAUUUUGUGGCAAGACCCCACCAAAAAAAAUAGAGACGGGAACUCACAAAGUGCAUGUGACCUUCCGCUCAGACCACUCGGGGAAAAACCAAGGCUGGAAGAUCAAGUACACCAGCACAGCGCAGCCAUGUCCAAACCCUGUGGCUCCUCAACAUGGACGUAUUCAGCCCCAGAAGUCUCAGUACAUCAUGACGGACACUUUCAAUGUCACGUGUGAUCUGGGCUAUGAAUUAAUUCUGGGGGAAGAAGCUUUGCCCUUUUAUCAAGCCACAUGCCUGAAGGGUGGAUUUUGGAAUGGACCGAUGCCUCGCUGCAUCAUUGUUGAUUGUGGAGAUCCUGUAGAAGUGUGUAAUGCAAGUGUGAAAUUCACCACAACCACAUAUAAAUCUGUGCUCAAGUAUUCAUGCAGUGAAUUCUACACAAUGAAGGAAGGAACAAAUGACGUGUAUACCUGUGCACAUGACGGCUACUGGAGAGAUGCCCUGGGUGGAAAAAUACUCCAGAUAUGUUCACCCAUUUGUGGCCAGCCUGAGAUCAAGCUGUCCAAGGUGAUUGGCGGGGAGAAUGCAGAAAAGAACGAGAUUCCCUGGCAGGUCUUGCUACGAAUGGGCCAUCAGUUCAUCGGUGGAGCUUCUCUUGUUUCAGACAACUGGGUCCUCACUGCUGCUCAUGUUCUGAAAAGCUACACAGAUACUUCCAACCUGCAGCUGAAGAUGGGCAUAGUCAAACAACGUGACACCGAGGCUAUAGUUGGCGUUCCACAGAAAAUCUUCAUUCACCCUCAGUACCACCACGAUAAUAUUAACUUCAACCAUGACAUUGCUCUGAUUAAACUGGAGCAUAAGGUACCUGUCAGUAAAGCCGUCAUGCCUGUGUGUUUGCCUGGGAGGGAAGAGCGGUUUGUUUUGAAGGCUAAUGACGUCGGGAAGGUGUCUGGAUGGGGUGUGUCAAAUAUAAACAGACCCGCGUUACAUUCCAGUAAUCUCCAGUACGUACUUCUACCCGUCACUGAUUUUGAGGACUGUAAGGCUAAAUAUGACGCCACAGUGACAGCUAAAGGGAAACUAGUAGUGACAGAGAACAUGAUUUGUGCUGGGACUGCUGAUGGAGGAAAAGACUCCUGCCAGGGGGACAGUGGAGGGCCCUAUGUGUUUUUUGACACACAGAGUAAAAGUUGGUUCAUAGGUGGUAUUGUGUCAUGGGGUCACGGAUGUGCCCAGCCUGGGUAUUAUGGGGUUUAUACUAAAGUGAGCAAUUAUCUUUCAUGGAUUGAAGAAAUCAUGUCCAAAAACGGUUGAACAGUGUUGAAAUGUUUGACUCUGAUUUCAUAUGAGUUUCUUAUUGACCAAAUUAUCUUUACCAUAACAGCUUUGCAUGUGACAGUCAUAGACCAUUUUUUCUGUUGAUGUUUUAUUAAUCUUUUUUUGUGAAGCAUUUUGGUUGGCCUUUGCUGAUUUUAAAUGUGCUAUAUAAAUAAACUAGAGGCACACAA